AUGGCCACCAAGCAGGAGAAGUUUGCGUUGUUCCGGGCGCAAACGCAGCAGUACCUGGACCAACACGAUGCCGUGCGCGUCAAGGGUGUGCUCUCCACCUUCCUCAAAGACAAGGCUCUCGAGUCCAUGGUGGAUGGCCUGUUGCAGAUUCUGGACACAGACGAGAAGCGCCGCAUGCUGCCGACCAUCCAGUCCCUGAUCCCGUCCAAGUACCACGACGACUUUGAUCAGCUCGUGGCCACGGGGAUGACAAAGCAGCAACCACAGGCCCUCGACGAUGCAGACGACACACCCGCAGCGCCAAGCGCCAGCAGCGGCCUGUCUGACGAGGAGGUUGCGCGCCGUAUCCUGGACAACCCGAGUUUGGUUGAAGGGGAACUCGAUGACGAGGAUGGCGAUGGUGAUGACGAUGAUGCCGAGGAGCGUGCGCAUGGGAAAAGCAGAUUCGUGCGGCGCACCGCAGCCACGGUGGACGCAGAUGAGUGCCCUGUGGACCUUGGGCAGGAGGACGGUGAGAUGAGCAUGUUUGAUCUCAUGAUCACGAUGGCCGAGGCCGACCUCAAACUCGACUCUGUCGUCGACCAGGAACAGGAGGAAGACGAAGAGGAACAGCCCAGGCGACGGAUGAGUGUGAACGAUAUGAAGCGACAGCAGAUGAAGCAGUCCCUUCGCUUGACGCAGCGCGGCUUUCGCUCCGGCAGCUUUGCCAUGCGCAACCCUCGCACCACCAGCACCUCGAGCACAGGCAGCGAUACACGCGCCGUGCCGGAUGAGGUGCGCCAAGUUGCCUUUCGCGCCAAGUCCACUCUCCCCGAUUACUUUUGUCUCGCAAACACACGCGCAGAGGCCGCGGCGUACCUCAGAAUGGCUGGCACCACCCCCGGAUUGUUUCUCGUGCGCGAGAAGGACAUGCGUCCAGGCGGAUCGUUCAAACGCAAACCGGGCCAGCGCCUGCCAACGAAGGCGUGGGCGGUGUCGUUUGUGAACGGCGGCGGUGAAGUGUGCAACAUUCUCAUUGAACGCAUGAGCAAGCGCGGUGCCCUCAGGAUUGGCGGACAGGACGUGCCGGAUUGCUCGACGGUGCACGAUGUGCUCCUGAAGAUGGUUCGGUCGCAGCAGUAUCCGCUCAAGGCCACGCCCUUCCAGUGCCACCGCUGGUACCACGGCGCAAUCUCCCGUGAGGAGGCUGAGGCGCGACUGCUGUCUGUUCCCGUGGACGGGCGAUUUCUCGUUCGUAAGAGCACGCGCGAAGAAGACAUCUUCAUCAUCUCCCUCACGUUUGGCGGGCGCUGCUACCACAACAAGAUUGCGUAUGUGGAUGGGGCGUGGAUUGCAUCGGCGGCGCCGCUGUUGAAACACCGCUCGCUCGUUGAUCUCAUCGCCCACCACACCGACGCACCAAACGGCAUGCAGACAAGCCUGGCCAAGCCGUGUGCGCGCCCAACACCCUGGACCCUCGAGGGAGAUGCAGAUGCAGAGGCGUGA